UGAUGUAAACAAAUAGCCAACUUCACCAUUAUCUCAACGCUCGAAAAGAUGCAACUUUGAUUUGUCGUGUUUAGUCUGAAAUAAAAUGUGGAUGUGAAUUGUUGGAAGAUUGAAGUGUUCAACUACGAGUUCGUUUUGAUAUUUGUGAAAAUGUUUAAAUUUGUCAUUUUGGUUGUUUUGUUGGCGUUGACUUCAACGGUAUUUGCAAGAUAUGUUAUUGAAAGUCACAGAGAUUUGGAUUGGCAAUCGAAUAGUAUUGACGAUGGAGAAUGUUCCAGCCUAACAUCAGAACUUAUCGAAGAAAUCAAGUCACAUCAACCGAUCGUCGAUCAAAUCACAAGUGCCAUUGUUAAUGGAAAAUACUCAGGCGAUACAUGGGAUGCGUUGGCACAAAUGACAGAUAAGUUCGGUGCCAGACUAGCGGGGUCACAGAAUUUAGAGAACACAAUUGAUUACAUGGUUGAUGAAUUGAAAAAGGCCGGACUGGAUAAUGUACAUACGGAGAAUGCUACGGUACCGCGCUGGGAACGAGGUUAUGAAAAUUGUCAAAUGUUAUCACCAAAACGGGUAAAAAUCAAUAUUUGUGGCUUUGGCUAUACCGUCGGCACAUUGAAAGGUGGUUUAUUCGCGGAUGUUGUUGCUGUUGAGAGUUUUGAGGAGUUUGACAAACUGCCUGAAUCAGAGGUACAGGGAAAAAUUGUAUUGUUUGUGCCCGAAUGGCAAGGAUAUGGUAAAACUGUCAAGUAUCGCUCUCAAGCGGCUUCAGUUGCAUCGCGCAAAGGGGCUGUGGCUGCCUUAGUUCGAUCAAUUACACCAUAUUCAAUCGGUUCGCUGCACACCGGAAUGCAAACAUAUGCUGCUGAUAUUAAAAAUAAAAUUCCCGUAGCCGCUGUUACUGUUGAAGAUGCGUAUUCAAUGCUGCGUUUGUAUCGAAAGGGUGAAAAAAUCACACUUCACCUAGAAAUGGAUGAUCGAAACCUCGGUGAUGUCGUGUCCCGUAACACAAUCGCUGAAUUUGCAGGUGAGACAAAAACUCCAGUUGUAGUCGUCUCAGGCCAUUUGGACAGCUGGGAUAUUGGGGUUGGUGCUAUGGACGAUGGUGGUGGUGCAUUCAUCUCGUGGAAAGCAUUGCAUCUAUUGAAGCGAUUGAAUUUGAAACCACCAAAGCGGACAAUUCGUGCCAUCCUAUGGACGGCUGAAGAGCUCGGUAUCAUUGGAGCUAGAGAAUAUGAAAAACAACACAGAAGCAGAGAAAAUGAGGAGUUUAAUUUCUUUAUUGAAAGUGACAUGGGUACAUUCACACCACUUGGCUUAGAUUUCAGUGGCAACAAAGAGGCAGAAUGCAUCUUUAAAGAGGUAUUGAAGCUCAUGGCACCAUUAAAUGCAACGAAAUUCGAUACGCCCAUCAAUGCAGGACCAGAUAUUGAACAAUGGGUGAAUCGCGGUUUCCCCGGCGCGAGUUUAAUAAAUCAGAACGAAAAGUAUUUUUACUACCAUCACUCGGCUGGCGAUAGUAUGCUCGUUGAAAACCCAGAUGAUUUAGAUAAAAACACAGCAUUAUUCGCCAGCGCAGCAUAUGUCAUUGCAAAUUUGAGUGUUGACAUGCCAAAAGAUUUGACCGACAAUUGAAAUCAACUUCUUGGCUUUUAUUUUGAUGUGUAUGUGAUUUGCAAAUAAAAACAGAUAGAAUAUUUUGACACUGUGACCCUUGAA